GGCCCUAUCCCGUGCUAUAUAAACACCGCUCGCUGCCCCUGGCUUGUCACACACACCCCCGUACACACACAUACACACAUACACACACUGGGAGCGACUGUAUAGGUACCCAGGCAGAGAGAGGGAGAGCAGUCUGAGUUUGAGAGAGAGAGUGAGAGAGAGGAAAAGAGAGAGAGAGCGCGCAUCUCCAAACAGCUCCGGUGUACCGUAUCUCCCGGCGCGCACUGCACCCGACACCGGCGACUUUUAACGGAUUUUAAAACGUUUCCAACAACUGGUUUUAUCCCUAUCUGGUGUUUCUGCGGGAGACCUGGGACUAAACUCAGAAGGGUUUUGCGUUUUCUGGGUGACACGCGAUCCUUGGAAGACUUUUUGAACUCUUUUUCUUUUCUUCAAAAUUUUCUCCAAAUCUAUUCUUACCAUUUCAAGAAGAGGUUUUAAGAGUAAAGCCCCCCCUUUUUACUUCACCGGGACGUGCUUCCAGAAGCCCCUCUCACCUUUUCCACGUGUAUCCACGGACGCACACACACACAUACACACACACACACACACACACACACACACACACACACACACACACACACACACACACACACACACACAACACACACACACACACACACACACACACACACACACACACACACACACACACACACACACACACACGUAUACAUAGUAAGUCGGCGACCUCUAGUCCAUGCGCUCCACCUCCACUCUCUCGCGUUGAUACCCCCUUUCAUGUCUCCGGGUCAGCGACCUCCAACCCCUCGCGGGAGUCAACAUGAGAUGUCCAGCGGCAGGUCAAAUCCCGGUCUGGAUGGUGUCUUGUUUUCAGGAGCGCAAAACGCACUGAAGCACCAAGUUUAGCCGCUCGAUCAUCCCCACUGUUCGCAUCGCGUUGUUGUUGUCGCCGUCGACUCCUGAGGUCUGACAUCGAGGGCAGAAACACGGGACGCCUUGGAGGCAUGUGGAACAUUGAAGCCUCAUAAGAACCCUCUUUCAUUUUGCCCCUUCUUUUACGCACAGAAAAAAAAAAAGACGCUCUGUGCGAUUUGAAGAGUUUUUUGGACUCUUUCGCGCCAUUCAUUCUGGAGGCUGGGCACACACCGCUGCCUCUAUUCCGCCGCGAACCCCCCCACUCUCCUCUCUAUCGCCCGAGGGGACCCCCCGACCGUAUCCUCUUCUCCUUGAUCAUCAUCCUCUAACCAAGAGGAUCCAUCGAUCCUCUCCAUCGGCCGAGACACUUGAACAUUUACCCCGGGCUGAGAGCCCUAGAGUUCUCUCCAUCCUCCAUCCACCCCCCACACCAUCACCAUCAUCAUGCUGUUUGAAACUUUCGACAUCGUGUCGGUGCUCGCGACCCUGGCCGCGUGCCUGGUGUCCAUGGCUCUGCUGCUGCUCGUGUCCCAGCAGCUGUGGCAGCUCCGGUGGACGGCCACGCGGGACAAGAACUGCAAGCUGCCCAUGCCAAAGGGCUCCAUGGGGUUCCCCGUCAUCGGCGAGACCUGCCACUGGCUCUUCCAGGGCUCGGGUUUCCACGCGUCCAGACGGCAGAAGUACGGCAACGUGUUCAAGACCCACCUGCUGGGGCGCCCGCUGAUCCGCGUGACGGGAGCCGAGAACGUCCGCAAAGUCCUGAUGGGCGAACACACGCUGGUGACGGUGGACUGGCCCCAGAGCACCGCCACCCUGCUCGGGCCCAACUCCCUGGCCAACAGCAUCGGGGACAUCCACCGCAAGAGGAGAAAG